AUGAAAUUCUCGCUCCCUUUCUGUCUUGCUCUGGUUGCAUACAUCACGCCUGCCUUGGCUGAUGGUGUGGCUGCGGAGGUGAUCAUCGAAUACACAGAUGGAGGAGAAGAGCCAAUUGAUAUCUUGCCCGAGACUGGCUGUUACGACACUGAAAAUCCCACGACAACGGUGAGAAGCAUUGAUGUCGGCCAAUUAGGGGACGAGCGCCCCAGAUGCAUCUUUUACUCGGAGCCGGCCUGCCAAGGGGACGACUGGACUAUCGAAGUCCAUGAGUCUUCCGAGGAUGGAAAGAAGACGCAGAGGUUCAGCAGGCCAUUCUAUGUGGCUAGCUUGGAGUGUGUUAAUGCUGAGUAG